AUGGCUUCUAAUCACAGCGCUAGCAGCCCACUAGCCGGCACGUCUCUCUGCUACGUCUCCAACAAGCCCUUUACGGAGGAGGCGCGCGCGGCGGAGCUCUCCGAGAUCGCGUCCAACCUCGCGAGCGGCGUGCUGCGCAACUUGCCGCAGGCUGGCGAGUCGUACACGCGCGCCGAGUUCCUCGACUUUUACGGCUCCCUCGAGCAGUGGCACGCCGCGGUUCCCCCGCCGGCGGCUAGCCACGCGGCGCUGGCGGAGGUGGCGGACGAGGCGGAGGGGGUGCACCCGUUCGAGGCGCAGCACAGGGUGAACGGAAGGAGCGUCUCCAUCGGCUCCUUCGCCACAGCGGUGGAGGCGGCGGUGGCGUACGCGCGGGCGGUCGGCGAGUACCAGCCUCCGGCUCCUCCGACGGCGAAUCACAGGGUGGAUGGAAGGCAGGUCCACCUUGGCUCCUUCGCCACGGCGGUGGAGGCGGCGGUGGCGUACGCGCGGUCGGUCGGCGAGUACCAGCCUCCGGCUCCUCCGGCGGUGGCGACGGAGGCGGAGGGGCUGCGGCUCCACUUGUCCAGCAGCAACAGCACCGGCUACCUUGGCGUGUACCCAGGAAACUCGAGCAGCUUGCCGUUCCAGGGCGUGUGGGUGUGUUGCGACGCGUGCGGCCGCUGGUGCCACGGCGAGUGCGCCGGGAUGGACCUGCAGCAGGCCGAGGAGGCGGAGGGCUUGCGCUUGCACCUCUCCAGCAGCAACAGCACCGGCUACAAGAACGUGUUCAAGGAGCCCUCUGGCCGCUUCCAGGCGAACCACAGGGUGGAAGGAAGGAAUGUCGGCCUCGGCAUCUUCGACACAGCAGUGGAGGCGGCGGUGGCGUACGCGCGGGCGGUCGGCGAGUAUCAGCCUCCGGCUCCUCCGGCGGUGGCGACAGAGGCGGAGGGGCUGCGGCUGCACCUCUCGAGCAGCAGCAGCACCGGCUACAAGGGCGUGGGCGAGCACUCGCGGACGGGCCGCUUCCAAGCGAAGCGCAUGGUGGACGGAAGGCUGGUCUACAUCGGCCUCUUCGACACAGCAGUGGAGGCGGCGGUGGCGUAUGCGCGGGCGGCGGAGGGCUUGCGCUUGCACCUCUCCAGCAACAGCACUGGCUACAAGAACGUGUUCAAGCAGGCCUCUGGCCGCUUCUGGGCGCAGCACACGGUGGACGGAGGGCAGCGCUUCGUUUGGACGCCGGAGAUGCACCUUCGGUUCGAGCGGGCCGUUUUCCAGCUCGGUGUGUCGCACGCCCGGCCACUGGCCAUCCGGCGGCUGAUGGGUUACCGACGGAAAUGGGAGACGGCGGUGGCGUACGCGAGGACGGCCGGGCAGGCGGGGGGAGAGGCAGGGCCGUCGGCUCCGGCGGCGGGCGAGCCUCCGGCGGUCUACGAGCCUCCGACGCCGGCAGUGGCGGAGGCGGCAGCGAGAGGGGGUGAGAAGCCGGCCAAGCGCGCGCGCACGGCGGUGCAGCGGCUCGGCCACAACGACAGCUGGGGGGAGGGGCAAGCCUCGCGCUGGGCUUCGUCGGAGCAAGCCAACGCGCUUAGCCUCGGGUAA